CCUUGCGUAUCAAAACAACUGAACUGCCUUCAAUCGCCUUGUUUAACUUCGUUAUUGUUGCUGUUAUUGCAUUAUUAACUUGAUAGACGGAGCUUAACGACGGAAAAAUAAUUAACCAAAAGCCACGUAAAAUAAAUCACGCAGACCAGGUUAUUGAUGAAGACACCACAUCAGAGAUUAGUUAUGACUGGCGAUCGCGAUGGGCUGAAAGAAUUGUUGAGGCGCAGACUGGUCGAGUGUGGAUGGCGAGACCAAGUAAAGCUGAUUUCAAAAGAAAUAAUAAAGGAGCAUGGUCAUGAUGUCACUUAUGACACGCUGCUGUCCACAGUAACUAGCAGGGCUCGCACACUUGUGCCAGAUUCAGUGAAGAAAGAAUUGCUGCAAAAGAUAAAGAAUCAACUGUUGGCUCAAGAGGAGAAGCUGAAAAUUGUGACAGAUCGUUAAGAAUCUUGUUCAAAUUGUCAAUAUUGAUCAUCAACAAUUUAGAAAUCUUAUUUGUAACACCGAUGUAUUUUCCAUCGACACAAUCGUGUUCAGUACACGUAAAAAAUUGUAACAGAAAUCUCUUCGCAAAUCAUUCUCCUAACAAUUUGCUAUAUUACAUGACACAUUUGUUACUUUAAGUCACAUCUAACACAAACAUAAUUUUUAAAAGGCGCAAAAUGUGAUACUUAUUUAACAAUAAAUAACGGGAAUAAUUUAAUUAUAAUAGGAAUAUCUAUAUAUAACAAAAUAAAAUUAAUUAUAUCUAA